UCUCGACAUUAGAAAACAAACUAAAUAAUUCGCCAACAAAAUAAAUAAUUAGCUACUUUAAAAAAUGUCUUCGGUAUCUUGGCAUUCGGAAUAUGCCGUUCAAAUGUGCCGCUAUUUUCUUCGACCGAUCGGUCUGUGGGUGACCAACGAAAAUUCAUGGCGAGAAAAGUUUUUUAAUAAACUUUUAACCGUGUCGACGUUCUCACUUCUAUUGUUCCUCUUGAUACCAUGCGCGUUGCACACUUUUUUAGAGGAACCAAACAUCGCCGUGAGAAUGAAACUCAUCGGACCAAUGAGCUUCGCGGUGAUGGCGAUAAUCAAGUACUCGUCGUUGACUCGCCUCACGAAACGCCUCGAAAAAUGUUUCAAGUCCGUCGAGGAGGAUUGGAAAAGCUCCGACUCUGCAGAAAGAAAGGUAUUGCAUCGUCAAGCCAAGAUAGGCAGGUUGUUGUCCAUCUUUUCGGCUCUGCUGAUGUACAGCGGCUCUUUCAUCUUUUAUCACGUCAUCAUGCCCGUAGCCGCAGUUCAAACGUUUUCAGCUAAUCUAGAAGUGGCCCAUGAUUCAUUGGAUAUCAACGGAAGCAGCAGUGCCACGAAUGAGAAAAAAUUGCGAAUACUGACGUUUCCCACUUACGAAGCGUGGGUAAAUCUCGACGACGAGAUCGCGUAUCAAUUCGUCUACUUGAUGCAAUGCUUGUCCGGCUUCGUGAUGGAUACCAUAACAGUGGGCACCUGCAGUUUGGCAGCGGUCUUCGUUACGCAUACUUGCGCUCAGCUCGAGAUCGUGGUCGAGAUGUCGCGAAAUUACGUCGACAGUCGGAAGAACGAUAAAACGCCGAAAACGAGCGCGGAGCGACUGACCGUCUUGGUGAAAAAGCACUGCAGAGCUCUCAAAUUUGCCACUCAAAUCAAAGACUAUCUCAAUGGAAUCUGUUUCGUUGAGUUUAUCGGCUGCACGGCUAAUAUCUGCUUCGUAGGAUACUAUUGCUUGACGGAAUGGGAGAGAAAAGAACCAAUAAGUAUGGUCACUUACUUCAUCCUCGUGAUAUCAUUCACUUUAAAUAUUUUCAUAUUCUGUUUUAUUGGUGAACAUCUAGCUGAGCAUUGCAAACAACUAGAUUCUGUUUACAUGAAUAUUGAUUGGUACAAAUUGCCUGGAAAAGAAGUUGUCGAUCUUUUAAUGAUCAUAGCAGUAUCUCGAAGGCCUGUCAAGUUGAUGGCCGGGAGCUUUGCCGAUUUGACACUGAUCACGUUUUCCAGUGUAAUGAAAACUGCUUUCACAUAUUUCAAUUUACUGAGGACCAUAAUAUGAUUAUUGUAUUCUAUUCCUACGUAGUUAUUCAAAUAAAAUAAUAAUUUCGAUACACUCCGAGUAUUACUGAA